AUGCUCCGGGAUAUCCUCAUUAUUGGCUCCGGGCUCUCCGGGCUCUCUGCCGCUCUUUCAUUUUCGUAUUAUCUCUCCCCUCGGAUACCAGACCUGCGAAUCACGGUUUUUGAAUUGCAUUCCGUGCCCUCGACGACCGGAGGCGCCAUUGGCCUGUCUCCAACGGCGCUGAGGCAUUUCGAUCAUCUAGGAAUCUUGGACGAACUGGCACGGUAUGGCCCCGACUCCGGAGUUGACGUAGAUGCAAUUGAAAUGUUCUCUGCGCGAACGGGGAAGUCCUUGUCUCAGGUGGAUUUUAGCGGCAAGGAUGGCGUUGGAUACGGCGAUGGGCCGGACACAAAAACAUACAAGGGCCGUCGAGUGAUGAGGAUCAACUUGGCGUUGGCGAUGAUAGCUGCAGCCGAGAAGCGAGGGCAUAUAAAGAUCGUGUUUGGGAAGAAAUUCUCAAAAGCGGUCGAGUUGGACGAUGAAGACAAGAUCGAAAUCUUCUUUGCGGACGGUUCGCGAGCAACCGGGGACUUGAUGGUCGGCUGUGAUGGUGUUUGGUCGGCAACGCGCAGGCGAUACGUGGAUCCAGGGUGUGAAGCCGAAUACACGGGCUUCUCGCUGGUGCAAGGUACCAUAAAUACAUCAACGAUGAAAACAUCGGCCCAUUUCCGAAGCACAUCAUUGAACAUAUCGAAAUCGGGAUCGCUUCUAAUGACGUUCUACGACAAACCCCGCGACGGUAUGUUCGUCUCGGCAAUGUUGGAAUGCCAGGAGACAGCUGUUCGAGAUCACACCGAAACGAGGGGUUGGAAUCGGGUUAUGAUAAGCGAAUCCCUGAGACGAGAGGUCUAUUCGCGCUUCGGGAACUCCGCUAUUCCCUGUGUCCGUGAGGUGUCUUCUUCCACAGACAUUGACUGGAUGUUGUAUCCAAUAUAUCAAGUGCCCGUUGGCGGAAAAUGGCACAAUGGCAGGGCCAUUUUAAUAGGCGACGCUGCUCAUGCCAUGCUUCCUCGCGAUGAAUCAGCGGCGUAUGCCAUCGACGACAGUAUUAUCCUAGCCCGUGUUGUCGCGCAGUACCUGGACCAGCCGCUCGAGACAAGCUUCCAGAUAUACGAAUCUCUACGCCGCACGGAUGUCACGCAUGCCUAUCACGAAUCUAUGAAGUUAUGGCAAAGACGCCACAAGGAUACCGGAACAUUUGAGUCAUGGAUCAGAGAGCGACUUCUGCGUUUCUAUACCCGACAUACCCAGCAUUCUAGACGGAUUGCAUUCGAAUACGAUGCCAGAAAAACGGCCAUUCCCACGUCGCUAUCGACCAGGAAUUCCAGUCAGUUUAGUCUGCGGCCCAGUUCGAAGAGCCAGUCCUCGUUUUCUUCCACCGAUAGCCCGCCGUCAAGAGCAAACUCUUCGGUAUGA